AUGUCCUCAACAGUGAAAGGUAUGAAAGUUAUGUCACCAGAGCCAAUUCAACAGCGUAUUGAAUGGAUGUGGAAAUCGAACAGUGAUACUCAAUCACACUCUCAACAAGAAGAAUGGCACUGUUAUUCAGAUAUUGAAACAGCUAUUAUCGAAGAAGCAUUUCAAGAGAAACUCUCCGAAGCAGUAUUAGACGAGUGUCGUAUUGACUUGAAAUAUUUUCUCCAAAUAUCGAAUAGAGAUGAGAACAUACGACGUCCAGUGAAACGAGUCCAUCAUGAACAAGUGGAAGCGGGACGACUACGAGAAGCUCGAUUCAUGCCCAAUCCUGUUGCACCAUCAGCGCCCUUCAGAGAUCCACAACUGGGCUUCCUUUAUGCUACUCGAAAAUACUUUAAUAUCCGUCGUGAUCCAGACGAUGACUAUGGUACUCGACGUAUGUUAAUCGAGAGAGCUGCUGAAGGUUUCAUCAUUGAAGGAAAAAAAUUAGGCAAACAAAAAGAAGGAGAAUGGCUUGCUCGUCAACUACUGAAGAACAAUGCUGGUCUAUUUUCAAUAUCAAUCGCUAAUAAUGUACUUAUAACUAAUGACAUAAUUCCAUAUUAA